AGACCACACUCUCUCUCUCUCUCUGAUAAUAUGUAUGUAUGUAUGUAUGGUAUGAUCUUAUCCCAAUAAUAGCUUCAUUCUAUAUGUUCUACCUCUCAUCUUCUCACCAUAUUUGGCAAAACCUAGAAAAAACCCACAACCUGUUUUGCAAUCCAUCAAUCAUAUUCAACUUUAAGCGGUUGAGAAGAGUACUAAGCUAUAGUACUACCCUCAUACCAUACUAUACGACAGGUGUCGACGAUUAAGAUUGGCAUAAAUAUUUAUAAGAAAACAUGGAACCUCCAAAUUACGUCUUUGAAUCUGAAGAAGAAUCGGAAAUGAGCAGUCAAGUAGCAUCAAGCAUGUCGGUGGAUGGUGGCACCACCACCUCUUCCCGCCUCACAAACCCUGGACAUCUUCAGCCAACACCACCGCUGCCAUCCGUCACUCUCGACCUAACCCUCGGCUUCAACCCCAUGACACCUGAACUUGCCACCACGGAAGUGGCGGCAGCACCCACAAACACGGGCUCGGGACCUCCAGUCCCCCGUGUUUUUUCCUGCAAUUACUGUAGGCGCAAAUUCUAUAGCUCGCAAGCAUUGGGCGGUCAUCAAAACGCACACAAACGAGAAAGGACGAUGGCUAAACGAGCUAUGAGGAUGGGAAUGUUAUCAGAAAGAUACGCAAGUCUAGCAUCAUUGCCUCUUCACGGAUCCACGUUUCGGGCUCUAAGUAUCGAAGCACACGCUUCAUUGCAUCAAGGGAUUGUACCUCAACAAUCGCCAUUUGCCGCCAUGAGAGGUGGAGCGAGAUUUGACCAAAGCUAUCUUGGGUUGCCAAUGUUCAUGGAGGACGAUGAGGCGGAAGUGUUUUGGCCAGGUAGUUUCAGGCAAAUUGAUUGUGUUGGCGAUGCUGGUGGUGGUGGUGGUUCGAGUAGUUACCACAACACGAAACACCCAGAAAUGCCCCCACCAACCGGUAGAGAUUCGGGGGCUAUACCCGAUCUUACUUUGAAACUUUGACUUUUUGGUCUAAACAUUCGUAGAGUUUCCAUGUCGAUUUCGUGUUUAGGGUCGAGAGCGAUAUCGAGUAUCCUCAUUGUACAGUGAGACAUGAAGAUUGAUCAUUUAGCUUCAUUUUUGUGGUUAUCUAUGAAAUUCUA